AUGCAUCAAGGAGAUUACAGUUCCGCUCCAUACUACCAAUUCCCUCACAUGCAAAACCCCAACCCUACGCCACCGCCUCAAUCCGAUCCAAUUCCCAACCACUACGCUUCCGCACCACCGUUCACCCCCACCCCCAAUUACGAUUACCCAAACCCUACCUAUUCUCCAUACCCUCCUCAUAAUCCCGAUCCUGUUCCGGUUUCCAACCCUAAUUUCAAUCCUCAGUUCGAUUCCAAUCCUCCUUAUCAGCCACCGUCACAACAACCCUAUUAUCCUCCGUAUGAUCAACAUCAAGCACCUCCAAACUACGCCCCACCAAACCCUAACCCUAAUCCCAAUCCUAUUCACAACUCAUCGUUGUAUAAUUCUGCUCCCGCUCCCGCUCCGUAUUCCCACAUUCAUACCGCCUCUUCGGUUCCUCCGAUUCCGACUUAUGAGUCGUAUGAGAAUCCGGUGAAAUCCGAUUACGGUGCUGGUGCUUAUUUUGAUGACAGAUACGGAGGAAGUUUUAAUCGGAGCCAGUCUGAUUUAGGAAUGGAAUUAUAUGGUAAGCGUCACGAUGGUGGUUUGUCUAGAUAUGAAUCCGGCGGUUAUGGAGAUGGAGUGUAUGCUUAUCAAGGGGGUAAAGUGGAGCCAUAUGGUGCGCGUGGUACGGGUUCUAAGUCUUCUACUUGGUCUUCCACACCGUCAUUUGAUGAUUUUGGGAGGCCGAUUAGUUUUAAUUCUGGGAAGGAGUCUUCGGUGGCAAGUAAGAUUGUGAAGGCAGUUCCGAAGGUUGAUACUCAGGAAGAUGUGAAAAGUGGGGUGCAAAAGUUUCGUAUCAAGAUGUUGGCUGAGAGUGGUGGUCAGAGUACAAUGGAUGUUCUCUGCCAGGUUGGUUUGGAUGGACUUCGCAUGCUAGAUCCAAAUACCAGUCGCACUUUGAGAAUAUAUCCUCUUGAGAAUAUUACUAGAUGUGAUAGAUUCGAUUCAACUACCUUUGCAUUUUGGUCGAAGAGCCCUGUAGACAUUGAGCCAAGACGGAUCAGAUUGCAGUCUAAUAGUUACACUACGAACACUCUUUUGGAUACAGUGACUGCUGCAACCAUACAGUUCAAGGAAAUGGGUGGAAACAGGAGGCCUGCUGAAUCAUUGAAAACAAAUGAGCAGUCUACAGAAAGAAAGAAAGGCCUUGGUGAUUGGAUGAAUAUGAUUAAACCUGCCAAUGAAGAGAAAGAUCAUUGGGUCCCAGAUGAAGCAGUCACAAAAUGCACUGCAUGUGGCACUGAUUUUGGGGCUUUUAAUCGCAAGCAUCACUGUAGGAACUGUGGCGAUAUUUUCUGUGACAAAUGUACUCAUGGUAGAAUUGCCCUAACUGCUGAAGAGAAUGCUCAGCCAGUACGAGUUUGCGACAGAUGCAUGGCAGAAGUGACUCAGCGGCUGAUCAGUGCCAAAGAAUCAUCAAGUAAACCUCUUUUGCAGAGCCAUGAGGAUCUUGCUCGGAAACUUCAGGAGGAGCUGGAGAGAAAUCGUAAGACAUCUGGAUCAGGUUCCAAGUCUGACGGAUCUGGAAGACGGAUGAAGGAAGUUGCAUGUCCUAUAUGCACUGUCCAUCUGCAGGUUCAGGUACCUACCUCAGGUUCAGAGACCAUCGAGUGUGGAGUUUGCCAGCAUCCAUUUCUUGUGAGUUCUUAUUGA